GGAUCCAAGGAAUUCUCCCUGAGAAGGGAACACAGCCCCACCUGGAUCAGGCCAAACAUCCCAAAUUGUGCAUGCCGACAUUCCCAAAAUCCCCAAAUCCGGGAUUUUCCCGCCUGCAGCAGCCCGGGAAAGCGGAGAAGCUGGCCAGCACAAUGGGAAAAAAGCAGAACAAGAAGAAGGUGGAAGAGGUGCUGGAGGAGGAGGAGGAGGAAUACGUGGUGGAAAAGGUCCUGGAUCGGCGCGUGGUGAAGGGAAAGGUGGAAUACCUGCUCAAGUGGAAGGGCUUCUCCGACGAGGACAACACCUGGGAGCCUGAGGAGAACCUGGACUGCCCGGACCUGAUCGCGGAAUUCCUGCAAUCCCAGAAAACCGCCCACGAGAGCGAGAAAUCCGAGGGCAGCAAGCGCAAGGCCGAGUCCGACACGGAGGACAAAGGGGAGGAGAGCAAACCAAAGAAAAAGAAGGAAGAGUCGGAGAAACCGCGAGGCUUCGCCCGGGGCUUCGAGCCGGAGCGAAUCAUCGGCGCCACGGAUUCCAGCGGGGAGCUGAUGUUCCUGAUGAAGUGGAAGAACUCGGACGAGGCCGACCUGGUGCCCGCCAAGGAAGCCAACAUCAAGUGCCCGCAGGUGGUGAUCUCGUUCUACGAGGAGCGGUUGACAUGGCACUCCUACCCCUCAGAGGACGAUGACAAGAAGGAGGACAAGAACUAAGCCCUGGUUGUCCCCUCUUCGGGCAGCUCUCGGGGUUUUUUUUUGGGAAGACGAUCUGAACUUUCGUGGGGUGUGAGCAAAGGAGGGGUUUGGAGGUGCCCUUGGAAGAGCCCCCCCAGCCCGGUGUCUGUGC